AUGGUUAGAUGGGAUUUCUUAGCAGAGAUGAUGCUAGGAUUUGGUUUUCCGAGCAACUUCACACAGCUAGUUAUGACAUGUGUGACCACUACUACUUUUUCUAUCAAAGUGAAUGGUACAGGGCAUGGGUAUUUUGAAGGGAAGAGGGGCCUGCGUCAAGGGGACCCAAUCUCUCCAUUGUUAUUUGUCAUGGUCAUGGAGUACCUCUCAAGAAUUCUAAAUAGGAUGAGCCAGCUACCAGACUUCAGACAUCACCCAUUGUGUAAAAGACAGAAGCUUACACAUUUGGUUUUUGCUGAUGAUCUAAUGAUCUUCUAUAAAGCAAAUGAUAGCUCAGUGAAGAGGGUCAUGGAAGCAUAA